GAAAUACACGGGUCCUAUAUUGCGGAGCAACCGCUCCUGCACGGAAAACAAUCUCCGCCCCAGGGAGACGUUUUACCUAACAAGGGAAGGUUUAUGAAGCUAUUGGCUAAGAAGAGUGUCGGUCGAGUCUCAUCCCACCUUCGUUUCCGCUCUGUGCCUCGGCUACUGGUUAUUAUCAGUGUCAAUCCAUGACAAGGGAAACCACCUCCUCCUAGUGUCAUAGGUUACUCCUCAUGCCAAUCAAUAGCUGCACCGCCUUCCUCGAGCUACGUCCAAUUGACAUUUGCAGAGAAUUGAGGACGAGCUCCAGAUUGGCUAUUGAUUCGAACGACCCGGCAGCAACAGGGUAGGCUGAGCCCUGAUAUAUGUACCGGCGGCUGAGCACGCGUGUGUGCGGACGCCGUUGCGUGAGAGAGUUUUGCUACCCGGCCUGCUUCGGAGUGAAGACUCUUCCUCUACCGCUCAGCCUUGCAGGUUGCAGUUGACCAAAGAGAUGGUUAUGGAGAAGCCAAGUCCCCUGCUGGUCGGGCGGGAAUUUGUGAGACAGUAUUAUACUCUGCUGAACCAGGCACCGGACAUGCUGCAUAGGUUUUAUGGAAAGAACUCAUCUUACGUUCAUGGAGGUUUGGAUUCUAAUGGAAAACCAGCUGAUGCUGUCUAUGGACAAAAAGAAAUCCAUCGGAAAGUGAUGUCCCAAAACUUUACAAAUUGUCACACUAAGAUUCGUCAUGUGGAUGCUCAUGCUACCCUCAAUGAUGGUGUUGUGGUCCAGGUGAUGGGAUUGCUGUCUAAUAAUAACCAAGCAUUUCGGAGAUUCAUGCAGACAUUUGUACUUGCACCAGAGGGUUCUGUUGCAAACAAAUUCUAUGUUCACAAUGACAUCUUCCGAUACCAAGAUGAGGUUUUUGGUGGUUUUGUCACUGAACCCCAAGAAGAAUCUGAGGAAGAAGUAGAGGAACCAGAGGAAAGACAGCAGACUCCUGAGGUAGUUCCUGAUGACUCUGGAACUUUUUAUGACCAGAGCGGCAGCAAUGACCUGGAGGAGCACCUAGAGGAGCCUGUUGCGGAGCCAGAGCCGGAGCCAGAGCCGGAGCCUGAGCAAGAAGCUGAACCUGAAAUUCAUGAAGAAAAGUCUGAACCAGCUUUGGAAGAGCCCGUUUCUGAGGAGGCUCAAAAGAGCUCAUCUCCUGUGCCGGUGGAUUCUACGCCAGCAGUACAGGAGGACUUGAGAACAUUCUCCUGGGCAUCUGUGACCAGUAAGAACCUUCCACCUAGUGGAGCUGUUCCAGUGUCUGGGAUACCACCCCAUGUGGUUAAAGUACCAGCUUCACAGGCUCGCCCAGAAUCAAAACCGGAAUCUCAGACACCACCACAGAGGCCCCAGAGGGACCAGAGAGUGAGGGAACAACGAACUAAUAUCCCACCCCAAAGGGGACCCAGACCAAUUCGUGAAGGUGGUGAACAGGGUGAUAUGGAUACAAGGAGAAUUGUGAGAUAUCCAGACAGUCAUCAGCUUUUUGUUGGAAAUCUUCCACAUGAUGUGGACAAAGCAGAACUAAAAGAUUUCUUCCAAAGUUUCUGUGUUUCGUUAAAAGGUUACGGGAAUGUUGUGGAACUUCGAAUUAAUAGUGGUGGGAAGCUACCCAAUUUUGGUUUUGUGGUGUUUGAUGACCCAGAGCCGGUUCAGAAGAUCCUUGGCAGCAGGCCCAUCAUGUUUAGAGGUGAGGUGCGUUUGAAUGUUGAGGAAAAGAAGACACGAGCAGCCAGAGAAGGUGAUCGUCGAGAUAACAGACCACGUGGACCAGGAGGCCCACGAAGUGGGCUAGGUGGUGGAAUAAGAGGGCCUCCCCGUGGAGGAAUGUCCCAGAAACCAGGAUUUGGAGCUGGAAGGGGCAUUGGUCAACGUCAAUGAAUUCGACACACAGAUCUUCACAUGAUGGCACAAACCUUUGCUCCUGCAGCGUUGUGAAUUUCAGCCUUGGAUAUCUUGGAAUGUGACCCUAGCCUGUUAUAUAGACUGCCUACGUUUGAUACAAUUUCAGGCCCUUUUUUGUUUGUGUUAAUGGUUUUUUUGUGUGUGCUGUUUUCAUCCCCCACUGCCCCCCUAAGUCUUUGUCCCCAAUUCCAGUUUUGUGGAACAAUAUUUUAGGAAAAGUCGAUUUUAAAAGAAGAAAAACUGAAAUUCCUUGCUCACCUCAAACAUAUGGACUAGAUUUUUUUUUUUUUUACAACAGCGGUUUUAUCCCAAAGGACUAUAUCUUUUGCUUAUAAACUGAUAUUGGAAUAAUUUGCCAUGUGUUCCAAGAAUCGGUCAGAAACCCAGGAUUGGCAAACAUUUUGAGGGCAGAAAAAACCCCAGUUGUUCAAUGAGGGCCAUGACUACUCUCUGGUUUGGAGUUGUUGCCACUGGAAAAAUUGACAGUCACACUUUUCUCUGUGGCAUGGUUAAAAAACGGAAUAAAGGGUAUUCAUAGAACUUUUUUUUGCUUUUGAUACGUGAUCACAUAAAAAUGAAUUCUAAACUACUGUUUUUACCACUUGGAAUUUUGGAUUGUGGGAUAGGUUUUAAAUGUGUAGAAUUCAACUCUUUAAAACGCUUUUCCUGAAUUUGUGGAAAAAAUUUUUUAUUGAAGUAGGGAGUUUUUUUCAUGUUUUAGUUUGUAUUUGUAAAAAAACAAAACAAAACAAAAAAACAGCAAAAUUGUUGUGCCUUCUAUUUAUCUCUCAUUCCAGUCUUGGCAAAUUGUUUUAAAAUAAAUAAAAAAUAAAAACAUCUAGAUUUGCUUUAUCAGGUUCAGAGUAUGUGGGAAUUUUUCCCUGAAAUGUUUGUUAGAUUCUUAUUCAUCUUAAGCAUUAUCAAGUUAUAUUUAUUUAUCGAGUGGUCAUACUUAACUACCUGGUUCUUAAAGGCGUGCAGAAGAUGAAUCUAAACUGGAAUGCUUCUGAGGCACUCUUGAUUGGAAGAGAGACUGUUCUUUUAGGUCUACACCUGAAAUUAGUCCCGAUCAAUAUCUGGUCCAUAGUCACAGUAUGUAAGAAGGGAUUUGAAACCCUUAUGUUGGAGUUCUGGCUAGCCGUCACAGAAAUUCAGAGCUGCCUGCCAAGUUGAGUUUUUUCAUUUCUUCUUUUUUUUAGUAUAUGGGUCUUAUUUUUAAAGUAUGAACAGUUUUUUAAAAGAAGUUUUUAGGAUGGAAGGUUCGUGUAAAGAUAAGAACUAAUUAAGUGUAGUGUGUAUUGUGAUGUAGUUAGUGCUGGGAGGUGGUUUGCGUAGGAUUUCAUUUAGAUGCUUGUGAAAUCUAGACUUGAUUUCUGUUAUUUAUCCAUAGAGCAAAGCUAUUUUCAAUCCUAAAUACUUUUUAGAGGAUCUUUAUUUUUUGUCUACAUUGCUGGUUUAUUCUGCCUUGGAAGGGGAUUGGGAAAGCUCAUUUUAUUUUGAAACCGUUGAGUAGAUCAUGUUAUAAAUUGGUUGGUAGUAUACAGUUUAUAUUUGGGAGCUUCGUUGAACAAUCGUAUCCGAAGAGUAGUGAUCAUUAGAUUGAACUCUGCGUGGAAAAAGGGAGUCUCCUCAGGACUCUGUGUUAACCAGAGGUUUCCUCCUUAACAUAGAUGAAAGGCAGGAUUACUAUAUUUACAGAUGACAUUAAGUUAGAGUCCAGAAAGAUUUUUGCAGACUAGUUGGAUGGACUGAAUCUGUUAAGAUGGAAACUUGGAAGAUGAAUUUAAAAUCUCGCUUGAGUUUAAAAAACAUGAAAUAGGUACUAGCUACUUCUAUCUGAAAAAAGUUUUUAGUGACAAGUCAAAGAUUGCUGUUCUAUUUAAUACAGUGUCCAGAAUGCUCUAGAACAAGGCCGUCCAACCUUAGGUUUUUAUUGAAACAAUAGACAGUAUAUUUUGAUUUGCUAUUUUAGUGAGAGCUCAGCUUCCUUUACUCAAACAUUUAUGUAAAUUUCUAUGCUUGCAGGCAGGCCACACAAAUCGUGCUGUAGGCCACAUUUUGGAUAGCCCUGGUGUAGAAUGAGGGAGCUGUUAAUCUUGUCUGCUUGGGGCACUGUAUUUAAGAAAGGAUAUUGACAGACUGAAAUAGGUCCAAAGGUCUCCAAGUUAAAGGAUUUGGUAACUGUCUGAAAAACAUGAAAAAGAAAGGAGGACACAAGGAGGAAUUUCACUGCACUACUACUUAAGGAAUGAAAACUCCAGGAAUUAGUGAAAUCUACUCUAAGGUUUUGAUAAGCUUAAUUUCUGUGUCUUUGCACUUGAAAAUUGAAAAUAUUUUGGGUAUGUUUGAUAUGUUCAAGCCUGGUUAGGGUUUUUGUUGUACUUUUUCCCUCAGACUAAUAGACUUGUUAUUUAAUACCAUAUACAAUUUAGCAAAAAGAUGACAUUUGUUGAAUUGCUAUUUGAACAUAUAAAUUAAAAUUUGGUAUUAGUGGAUAACUCACAAGUAUCCAGAUACCAUUGUUUUCAGAAAUUUUUUUUUUUUGCUUUUGGCUUAUUGUCAUGGUGCACUGAGUUUUAAAGUUAGCAAUAAAAGAGGAUUUGGGCCUCCAAUCCCCAUUAGAUGGAUCUUGGGAUUAAUCUCCCCUCAAACUCCCUUUAUAUCCAUGGGGCAUAUCCUGUGUGUACUGCACUUCCCCCAUUUUCCAUUACUUGAGUGAAGCAAGUAUGAGCUCCUGAUACGUACUUCCUGAUGCUAUAGAGAACAGGCUAAGGGUGUGAGGAUGGGGAAUGUCUUAAGUGUUGGAUUAUGGGGAGUCGUACGCAGGAAAACUUGUGGUACCUUAAUUGUUCAAUGACAAAUACUUUUGAGAAUUGGUUGAAAUGUAGGGUGAACAAAGGCAACUGAAAAAUGAAAAUGACCUUUAAUUACUUCUUUGGCUUGGUUAGCAAGCUAAGGAUUCUUAUUAUUUUCACUUUUAUCUUUUUGAUAAAAAAUUGGAUGGGGUUGGAGAGAGGGUAGAGAGUCCAGCCCUCCUCAUCUUUUUUUAAAAUUAUAUUGGAUUUCUGAAUUUGGAGUCUUGAAAUUUUGUCAGCCUUGAUUUUGGUAAGACCCAAGGACAUUAAACUUGUAAACUUUUUUAAUUUGGCACCUUCUUUUAUUGAUAAUAAUGUUCCAGGAAUCUUGGGGACAUGGAUCUAAUCCUGGGUUAUCACUAACUUGAUGAGGAGCUGUAUUUCCUCAUUUGUAAAAUGAGAAAUAGAGGGAUCUUAACUAGCUGAUUAAAUUCCUAAGGUUUCUUCUAGCUUUGACCCUGAUUUCUCAGCAGUAAUAUAAUUUGUUUAUACUUCCAUUGCCCUAUGUAGUCACUUACCAUUAGGGUGUUAAGUAAAUGUUUAUAUUGAUAUUGACAGGUUAUACUUGAAGAGUAUAAUUCUUUUUGCAAAUUCACUUAAAAAAGCAAAACUGGGAGCUUUUGUGUAAUGUGUGAGACUUAAUCCAGUCUAUCUAGAGGUGAGUUUGUGGAUUCUUUGUGUGUGAAUUUAAUUUGCUAGGCUCGUGAAGGGUCACAGAAAUGCGGGAAUUACAAAAAAACUUUUGGAACGUGAUUUUUUGUUAUUUAAAAAAUUCUAAUUGUGGGCAUCUUAUGUUUUCAGUAUACUUUUAAAUAAAGUAAUGAAGCCACAAUGCAAAAAUCUGAAACAGAAGGAACUAUUAAUGAGCCCAACUUUCUGCCUAUUCUCUGCCACAUUGUGCACACCAUUUCUAACUGGGCCUUAUAUUCCUGCUUAUGUUUGAGGAAGUUAAUUAAAAGAUUCCGACCUGACAGCCUUCUGUUGAGGGUUCCAGCAUAUGAUAAGUAAGUGAUGGUGGCUUUUUAAUAAAGGAUUUUUUUUUUGGUCAGCUUAAUUUUUUUUAAUAAGAAUUUGAGGGAUGGAGAAGUGAGACUUAGGCUGUCAGCAUGUUCCAAAUAAAGUUUUAUUAAUUCAUUUUCUUUUCUUAGGCCCUUGUGGAUUGGGUGGGUUGGAAAAGGGGCUACAUAAAUAUUUGCCACAAAAUGGAGUUGAAUCUGAAACUUGAAAUUACAAAUAAACAUCUGGCACUCUUGCUAAAUGGAAAA